UCUUCUUCUCUCUCUCCAGAUCUUAGUCCGAUCCUCUUCUUUUUGGUGUCCCUUUCACCUUUUCUUCCCACCAGUCUCCGAUCCUCUCAUCCGUUUGAGAUUAAUCUCAAGCAAAACCAAGCAAGAGGAGAGCUGGAGAUCCACGGCUGGCCAGCAUCGGAGAUGUCGGGGCGCCGAGCUGGCAGGAUCACCGCCGACGAGAUCAACGAGCUCAUCACCAAGCUCCAGUCCCUCCUCCCGGAGUCAUCCCGCCGCCGUGCCGCUUGUCGGUCGUCGGCGUCGAAGCUGCUGCAGGAGACGUGCAGGUACAUCAGGAGCCUUCACCGGGAGGUCGACGGCCUUAGCAACCGGCUGUCGGAGCUCAUGGCGACCAUGGACUGCGACAGCCCCCAGGCUGACAUCAUCCGCAGCCUCCUCCGCUCGCCCUAGCUAGAUAGCUGGAAGUAGAAGAGAUGGAGAGAGAAACCUCUUGAAGGCACACUAAUGCCUCUCAAUGCCUUUCAUUCUUGCUUUCGUUUAUUUCUCUUCUGUGCGUGCAUGUUGCCGUACGUGCGAGGUUGCUUGUGAUCAAUUAUGGUUGAAGAAGCCCAAGUGCUUAGGAGA